CAAAUUCAGUCGGUUUUCGUACGCGGAACGCAAUCGACGGGCCCCGUCCCAGAGACAUCUCGCGUCGUCGUCGCCGCACUACGCGCCCGGUCGGUACUUCCGUCAUCGCGGGUUCACGUCGCGAGUUAUACGUGCCAUAUCCCCGGAACCGUCGUUAUCGCGCACCGUCCGAACUCCGGUUCGUCCAGGGUCGCGACUGAUAUUCAUCGCACAUACCGACGCACUUCCGGCCGUCCGUAACGCGGGCGGCGGUCGCGCGUACCACCACCGCGGCCGCGUCGGUUCGCGCUCCACUCCCCACCCUCCCUCCUACCGGCGAUCACAGACUUUCCGGAGACCGUCGCGGCAGCGAUACCGAAGACGGUGUUUUUCCGCACCGAGAGCGGUCGUCACGUACGCGCAUUUUAGUACCUGACGCUUGUGAUAACCUCGGAAGUAACGCGUCUCCUCGAAAUCACCACAACCACCACCACUACCACCACCCCAUCGGAGACGUGACGACGCGACGAAAACGUUCCCGGUUAACGGCUUUCCGACGGCGGCGGUCGCGUCGCACAGCCGCAGCGCCCGCGUACGCGACUCGCAAUGGACCACCGCCGCCGCCGCCAACUGAACGGCCGCGUACCGGUAACGGUCGCUAACCGCGGUUUCGGUCGUACCGGCGGCGGUACGGUCUGCCGUACCGGUACCGGUCGUGUGGCUAGCAGUGCGCGCGCGGACAACAGCGGUACCGGCGACGCGGGCAACGGUGCAGCCAUCGGUAGCGGCAUCACCUGCGGCGGCAGCGGUCCGACCACGAGAACGCUCGUCCGACACCGACGCGAGAUCGUUUGGGUUUUGCGGUCGGGUGGUAUAUUCGCGUAAGGAUCGUAUGGUGUUUGGCUUUAGGGCUGGCUGCGAUCAUGUGGCACUCGGGUGGCAUGGGCAGCCACGGCGGUGGCUGGAUGAAGCUGAUGGGCAUGGUACACAGGGACCGGAGAUCGGCGCAACGGCAUGUACAGGACGCCGCUACAGCAUUAUUGGCUCCCAUCGACAGGUCACUGCCGAAACUCAGUACCCAAGACGAAGACGGCUGUGGUCCAGGGGCAAGUCUUGGAACAGGCCUCACACACGGUCAUCCUCAACACUGUUCGGGGAGCGCGACAUUCGAACCAAUACCGCACGAUCACGACUUCUGCGAAAGAGUAACAAUCAACGUGAGCGGUAUGAGGUUCGAGACGCAGCUGCGGACAUUGAACCAGUUCCCGGACACGCUGCUGGGCGACCCGUGUCGGCGGAUGCGGUACUUCGACCCGUUGCGCAACGAGUACUUCUUCGACAGGAACCGGCCAACGUUCGACGCCAUUCUCUAUUAUUACCAGAGCGGUGGUCGACUGAGGAGGCCGACUACGGUGCCGUUGGACGUGUUCUCCGAAGAGAUCAAGUUCUACGAACUCGGCGAACUGGCCACCAAUAAAUUUAGGGAAGAAGAGGGUUUUAUAAAAGAAGAAGAGAAACCACUGCCAAAACCCGAGUUCCAACGGAAGGUGUGGCUACUGUUCGAGUACCCGGAGAGCUCCCAAGCCGCUCGGGUGGUGGCCAUAAUAUCCGUGUUCGUCAUAUUGCUGUCCAUCGUGAUAUUCUGUCUGGAAACUUUGCCAGAGUUUAAACACUACAAAGUGUUCAACACGACGACCAACGGUACGAAGAUUGAGGAGGACGAGGUGCCUGACAUCACCGAUCCGUUCUUUUUGAUUGAGACCAUAUGUAUCGUGUGGUUCACGUUCGAGCUGUCCGUCCGCUUUCUCGCCUGCCCUAAUAAGUUGCACUUCUUCAAAGACGUGAUGAAUACGAUUGACAUAAUCGCUAUAAUACCGUACUUCAUCACGUUGGCCACAGUGAUUGCUGAGGAGGAGGACCCCACGAUGAACCUGCCCAAAGCGCCGCAGAAUCCGCAAGACAAGAGCACCAACCAGGCCAUGUCGUUGGCUAUACUCAGGGUCAUCCGGCUCGUGAGGGUUUUCAGGAUAUUCAAACUGUCCCGACAUUCCAAGGGAUUGCAAAUUCUUGGGCGCACCCUAAAAGCCUCUAUGCGAGAACUGGGACUGCUCAUAUUUUUCUUGUUUAUCGGUGUGGUGCUAUUCUCGAGCGCGGUGUACUUCGCCGAAGCCGGCUCAGAGAAUUCCUUCUUCAAGUCCAUCCCGGACGCAUUCUGGUGGGCUGUUGUUACCAUGACGACUGUGGGCUAUGGUGACAUGACACCAGUGGGCGUGUGGGGGAAAAUUGUCGGUUCACUGUGCGCGAUUGCCGGCGUGCUCACAAUCGCACUGCCCGUGCCCGUCAUCGUGUCCAACUUCAACUAUUUCUAUCACAGAGAGACUGACCAAGAAGACAUGCAAUCGCAGAACUUCAACCACGUCACCAGCUGCCCUUAUCUUCCCGGUACUUUAGGUCAACACAUGGUGAAAUAUCCGUCGGGUGGUGACUCGACGUCGGACCUGAUGGACUUGGAGUCGGCGGAUAAUUGUCUGCUGGACGCGGAGCUGGACGAACCGCCUCUGUCGUUGCCGCCGCCGCAGCAACCAAAAAAGUUCAACAGCUGUGCCACCGUGGUCAGGCUCAACAACAACAGCAUCAAGAGGUUCAGUGUCGAAACUGACGUCUGACUAGCAGUAUUCAAAUUGCAAUCCGGCGGCCGUCCAGGUCUCCAAACGCCUAUAAGGUGCUGUGCUGUGAUAGCUAAGAUGUUUCCUUCGUUAAGUUACCUCCGACAAGUUUAUUUAUAAUAUUUUUUUAAGCGAAUAUUAAUAACGAUAAUAAAAAUUGUACUCAGAAUCUCACUCUUUUGAGGGGAUAAUUUUCUAAUAAUAUAUUGAGCCAAUAUAAUUAUAUAUAAUGCAUAAUACCACAAUUAUUAUUAUCCAGAGCCGUAAGGAAAAAAAAUUAGUAAACGGAUCGUCUCAAAUUGUUUUAUUUAAAAUUGUACGGGUUUUAAUACUAUAUAUUAUUAUAUAUAUAUACAUAUAUAUAUUAUAUAUAUUAUAUAUAUAUACUAUACCUAUAUACCGAUAAGCCUUAUUUGACUGGAUUAAAAAAAACAAUAUUUCUAAUACGUAUUUUAUUUAUUUAUUUUUUAUCUUAUAAGCCACCGAUACAGAUACGAAAACUAUAUGAAAACAUAACGCGUUGGAGAUGCGAGAGCUAUUACAAUUUUUUAAACACGAUUUUUUCCUUUUUUUAUAAUGUAAAAUCUGUACCGAUUAUAAAUUCUCGCCACAGUCUUAUUAUGAUAUUUUUGAUCGCCUGUAGUAUCUAUUAGGUAUCUAUAUAAUAAAUUAUUAGUCGCGAGUCUUCCGCGUUAGAAUAAUAACAAUAAUAAUAAAAAUAUUAAUAAUAAUAAUAAUAAUAAUAAUAACGAUGACAUAAUAUUAUUAUAUUUAUUAUACUCUUUUCGAUUUUGUAUUGAUUUUUAAUUAUUACGUCAACAUUUUUACCGUCGUACCUACACACUACUCCAAUAACACGAACAAUGAUGAACCCAUAAAAGAAUAUACAGAUUUUGGUGAAUCAAAAUUGUUUUACGCCCAUAACGUUGUGAAAUUUAUAGCGAAUGUGACGAGUGCAUAAUACGCGCUAUGCGGACUAAAAUCAAUAGGACUCAUUUAUGGAUAAAUUUCAGUAUGAAUAAUAUAAGUAAUAAUUAUUAAUAUUAAUAUUUUUAUUAUUAUUAUUAUCGUUUCGAUGGUAGAUAAUCAUUAUUUGUGAAAUAAUACAAUAUAUAUAUAUAUACAACUCAGAUGGAGGGUUGACCACCCCUUUCGAUGGACGCAUAUUUCACAAUCGAUAACUUAAGUCAAUAAAUAAUAAUAAUAAUAAUAAUAAUAAUAUAAUGAAUUAUUCUCCGUUCGUACAACAUAGCACGUAGGUAGGUGGUACACUUUUACCACGUUUACCAUGCAAUCGCGUACAUAACAUUUCACCCGUCAAAAACGUUCAGCAACAAAACGUCAAAAUAAUAUAAUUUAAAAACACACAAUACAAUAUAAUCGUUGUUACAACAACAAUAAAAUAAUAUUAUAUUUUAUGAAAACGCACAUCGAUUUAGGCCACCGAAACGACUAUCUUUUCAACUGAUUUUAUAUCAUCGUCCGUUCGUCUUUUUUUUAAUGAUAAUAAUAUUUACAAUUACAAUACUAUAAUAUAAUAACACGACUUUAACAGUUAUUGUAUACAUUCUACAUCUGCAAUGUUAACGCCUGUUAUAUACGUUCGUAUAAUGAUGUAAUUAUAUUAACUGUGCUAUGGAUUUUUUUCGUUUUUAAAACUUUUAAUUCUAUUCGAUCACUUCACCGUCAACAAAUUUUUUUUCGGUGCAUUUCGUCUGAGAAAAAAAAUGGAUUACAGGGUAAUUCGAUACAGUCCGUCGGAAACAUUAAUGGUAUUAAAUACCACGCCGAACGUUAUUGCAUUUAUUUUUUUCCUCGUAUCGGUCAAAAGGAUUCACAAUCAAUCAUUAUCAUCGUCAUCGUAAUGAUAAUAAUAAUAAUAAAUAAUAUAUACCAGCACAUUAUGCAACACUACACUCAUAAUACUAAAUCUAAAACCUAAUCCCAUUUAAUAUUUAUCCGAUAUGGCCUUAUAAUCGGCAUACUUACAUUCGCAUUCGCAUAUAAUGUAUUGGUAGUUAUGAAGACAUAGUUAUCGAGUCGAGAUUAAAAUAGAUGAUCGUAAUAUUAUUAUGAUUAUAUAAUAUUAUAAUUUCUCACAACUGUCUUCGUGCCGAUCGCUGUUAUUAUCCUUUUGUAUUGUUAUUGAUUUGUAAGUCGGCAUCAGACGUAUAAAACUGUAAUUAGUUAGUUUCAAAACGAACUUUAACGUCUAAUCAAACGACGGUAGAAUGGAAGUGUAAAUGCGCAGUUCACGACAUUACCUAUGCGCAUACCGAAACGAUAACGACGCCACGACGGUUUAUAUUUGCGUUCCGACAACGAAUUUUCAUACAAAAUGUUUCUACGCCAUAAUAAUAUGAUUUUAAAGACGGUAUUGAUGGUCGUAAUUGCGGCUGUAUAAAUCGCAGUGUUUUCCCACGUACAUAACUUCUUUCUAUAUCUUACUUAGAUAACUUUGAAUUAAUGGUUUUGGAAAAUCAUCACCUAUUUUAUUAAAAAUACAUGACUGCAGUAAGUCUGUAAAAAUUUAUAAAACUAAAUUCUAUAACUAGGUAAAAAAAAAAAAUUGUAAUUUUUACGUUAUUUAAUAUCAAUAGUAAUUAUUAGACUCUAUACCAAUUAACCAAUUUACCAAUUUAUGUAAAUAUUUUAAAAUUUGAAUUACCUACUAUUUUUCAUUAAAUACCUACUUGAAAUAGUUGAUAUAAUAUUGUUUAUACGUUUGUUUUGAGAUUUAGGCGUUAGCCGGAUUAGUACCAACAAUAUACACCAGAUUCAGAUAUAAAUGGUAAAAAUUUAAUAGGAUAUAGAUAUCCAAAGAAAUCUUUUAAAAAUAGCCAAAAAAGUCUUUUAACCACAAUAAUGACCUCGAAUUUGUUCAUUACAAAAAAUCAGUUAAAUAAUUGUUGUACCAAAUACUUCAAAUACUUUAAUAAAUUAACUAAUAAUUCUAUGAUUAAAAACAUAUUGGCGACGGUUUUUUUUUUUAAUAUCGGCGAUCAACAUCUCGGAGUUGUAUAUUAUUCAUUCUUUAAACAUACAAGGAUAUAAAGUUAAUAUUAUGUUAAAUGUCUACUAUUUUAUAUAACUGUGAAAUUGUGAACAUUGAAUUAAAUCUAACAACAUUUUUCAAGAUAAUAUUUUGAUUCACUAAAAACACUGUAACUCAAAAAAUAAAUAAAUAUACCGAUUAAAAAUUAAGCUAUCUUAAAAAUGCUAAAAAAUGUAAAAUAAAAGUUUAAUUUUGAAGUAUUUCACAUAACUUACAGGAAGUUUUUGAAACUUUUAAUGCAUUGUUCUAGAGCCCCAUCCCCCAUCCCCCCAAAAAAACAACACUAUCUCUGUGAAAACGCCCUGCACUAUUUAUUAUACAUCUACCGUAUGUGUACCCUGUAUUACUAUUAUAUCUAAAACGCACUAAAUUCAGCUUCACGAUAGUAUUUCUGCUUAUAGUUUAUGAUUGUAUUUUGCUGUGCGAUUAACUGUUAUUUCUAUGUUUUUCGAACGGUAUCCAAUAGAGAAAAAUAUUAAGACAUACAGGUACGCCUCCACGCGAACGGUUUAUUAUUAUAUACUUGCAUAGGUUGAAUAUGGUAUGAAAUAUGAAUGAUUUAAGCUUUUUGUAUAACCUAUAUAAAUAAUGAUAAUAAUAAUGAUACUGAGUAACACUUAAAAUUUUUGUACUGGUAUUUGUAUAAUAGGUAUUAACGUUUUCUUUACCGAUGUAUUCAUUAAUAAAUUAUUAUUAAAAUUAUAUUAUUAUUGUUAAAAUAUUAUUAUUAUUAUUACUAAUAUCGUUGGACGAAUAAAUAUAACUAUUAUUAUUAUUGUUAUUGUUAAAUUCAACCUAUACGUUAAAUUGUUUGAAAAAAACACGUGUGCAAUUUCUAUUUAUUAUUAUAUAAUAUGUAUGUACAAUGAUGAUAAUAAUAAUAAUAAUAAUAAUAUUUAACUUUCUUAUUACAAUCAACCAGAGCAUGUUAUUAUUUAAUAAACUUGUCAAUUGCAACGGAUUGGAAAAAAAAGGCUGCACAAUUAAUAUUAUUGUUAACAUAAUAUUUUAUAAUAGACAUUAGAAUGAUUUUUGUUUUUUUUUUUUUUUUAAUAUAUUUAUUAUUAUUAUUUAAAAAAACGAGAUUAAGACAAAACAAAACUUUUUUCUCAAAACGGUUGGUCGUUUUUUUUUUUUAAUCGUGAACUAUAACCGCAGCCGAGAACGCAUUUUUUGUUCUUUUUCGAUAAAUCUAUAACUACACUCGUAUCAUUCGGUUAUCGCGCGCAAUGCGGAUUUUAUGCUGAAUUAUUUUCGUGCGAAAAUAAAAGCUUUUUUUACUGCACUUCUUUAUCGUUGUUUUGAAUAGUUGUCUUAAUAUUAUAUUCUAAGGGAGUAAGAAAUAUAUAUAAUAUGCAAAAAAAUAUAUAAUAAUAUUAAUGUUAAACACGUCUAUACGCGUACACCCUCACACGUUGUAAAAAAAAAAUUAAAUAAAUACGUAAUACUAAAAUACAAUUUAAAUAUAAUAUUAUUUAAAAAAAUUUAAAAAAAAAUUGAUUUUCCAAAUAAAAUUUCAUAAUAAUUAUUAUCGACAAUCUUUAUAUUAUGUAUUUUGAAACGAUUAAUCGGUGCAAAACGCGAGUCGUGCAGUCGUCAUACAUAAUAUGAUGCGCGCGUAUAGGUACGCUUCGCGGGUUUUAAUAUUAAAAUAUUUCAAUUUAAAAACUUUAUAAUUUAUAUAAUAUAUAAUAUAAUAUAAUAUAAUAUUGUUAAAACACAUCACAUUUCAUUGAUUAAUGAAUAUUAUAUUAAUUGUUUUGCGUGGGAAAAAGCAAUAAUAGUUACUAUCAUUUUUUUUUUCAAUCUAUUUAUUCAAUUUUUUUUUUGAUUUUUUACUUUUAAGAAGUUUUUUUAGACUAUAUUAUAUUAUAAUAAUAUCUGUCCCCAAAUCUGUGUUCUUAAACCGUAAGUCCACACGCGUUGUACGCAUAUAAUAAUAAUAAUAAUUUUUAUGACAGGUAUUAUAUAGCAGCAUCGUCAUUACCUACAUCGCAGUCGGAAAUCUGAAAACGAAUUCCUUCGCGUGACCACGUGUUCUUAUUUAAUUACAUUAUUAUUAUUAAUUCUAAUAUUUUGCUUACGUGUAAUUGAUCGAAAAACGAAUAUCAUGGUAGAUUUCAAUAUCAUAGUCGCGUCUUGAGUUGACGAAGGGAAAAAAUCACUAUAAUUAUUAAUUUAUUAUUGCUACUAUUUCCUGUAAACAUUCAUCCAAAACGAAUAACAUAAACGCAAGACGCUCGUG